AUGAUCCACCACGAGAGGCUGAGCACCAGCGAGGCCCCCAGGAGGCCCAUCCCCAGCUUAUACACGGCCAGCCAGCUGAGCAGCAGGUGGAGGGGGAGCGUCGCGGCGGAUAUGUAGGCGCUGGGGGCGACGAUGCUCUGCGCCUGCAUGAACUUUUGGAUGGGAAAGUUGAAGGCGUAGGCGAAGACCUGAGGGAUGAGCCCAUAGACGAAGGUGGAGGCGGCGGCGGCGAUCGCCGGCGACUGCCCCAGCGCCAAAAGAAUCGGCCUCGAGAAGGCGUAG